UCGAAUAUUCCAAGCUUGCGAUUGCAAGGGGAGGAGGGGAGGAGAGCCGAGCGCCCGAGCCUUGACCCCUAAUUGCUUCCGCCGACUGCUAACAGGUGCCCCGCUUUCUUCCUCCUCCUCCUCCUCUCUACUUGCUUGUUCUUUAAAUACGGCCAUAGCUGUAGCUGUUGCGGGGUGGGGUGCUGCGGCCGCCGAUUCGAGCUCAGAGGCAAGGGAGGUACUAUGUCGAGAGCAAAUGAGAUAUUUAGGGCGGACUCGAGAAUGAUGGUGGUCUUCGGUGCCUUUACAUCAAAACCGGAGGCAUUGACAUUUGAAGAAUCCCUCAGAUUUGUGAAGAAAGUGAAGGCUCGUGAUUACAUGUUGUAUUUGUCACUAUUUGACAUUCUUGGCAGAAUGGAGUUGUCCCAGCUUGAGGCCUACCGAGAGUUACGGCUGCUGUUUCGAAAUUACCCAGAUUUGUGUGAAGAGCUUGAAAAGUUUAGACCACCCGUGCCUACAAAGCACGCAACAAACAACAUUUGGCCCUGGGUUUUUGUGUGUGCUGUUCCAUUGGUCGCAGUCAGCCUAAUUCCGGCGCUUGGAAACCCAGUACUGUGGUUUGUUCAACAAACUAUUGGUGAAAAAAUGACUGCAUGAUUCAAGCACCAUUGCAGUACAUAUAUGCUAUAUGUAGUUGACCUCCUCUCAUCCUAAUGCAAUUAAUAUUAUCGUAAUGUGUAUAAUUAGAAUAGCAUUCUGGAAGCAAAUUGGUGUUCUUGGUCAUGAAGUAGCACUCGAAGAAAAUGUAUUCACUACUUGCAGAGGCGCAAGUCCAUCAAACAUUACUCAUUUGGCCAUUUGAAUUGUGUUCAAAUGCUAAAUCAAACUUUCGUGGAAUCUCAGUUGCCUGCUAUAACAAAGACCAGUAAUGCUGUAAUUCUUUGAA